AUGCCUUUAUUAUUUUUGAACAAAUACAAACGAAGCCUAUUUAUUGAGAUGUCAGCCAUAGGGUCGGGUGGUUUUGGAACUGUAUUUAAAGUAAAGCAUAGAUUGGAUGAUAAGAUAUAUGCCGUUAAAAGAAUACAAUUUGGGGAAUUUAGUGAAGAAAAGAAGCAAAAGGUUAUAAAAGAAGUAAAGAGUUUGGCAAAACUGGACUCAGAUUUUGUGGUGAAAUAUUACAACUCAUGGCUUGAGUCCAAUCAUCUCUUCAUUCAAAUGGAAUACUGUUCGCAAAGUCUUCGGUCUCUUCUGGAAAACAAACCGCUUGUCUUCGAGAGACAACCGGAAGACCCGAUGAAUGUCUUUGAAUAUUUCAUUUCAUGUGAGAUAUUCAAAGAGCUCUUAGAAAGCGUACAAUUUCUUCACGAAAGUAAUCCGCCUGUUAUUCAUCGGGAUCUCAAACCUGAUAAUAUAUUAAUUGACCGCAACUUUAUAUCCAAUCGAUUCGUAAAACUAUGUGACUUUGGUUUGGCCACCGAUCAUAACACCGACAUACAGACUACCAUUCGCUACCAGCACUCGUCAGGUGUGGGCACUAUUAAUCUUUCGUUAAUCGGCGAACUAAUCUUCGACAUCAAUCUUCAAGCAACAUCAAUACUAUAUCUAUACCAGACAUUAGUGUCAAUGAUGUCAACACCCAAUUGGCGACAAAGACCUGAGUGUCGGCAAGUGUUGGCCAAAUAUAACAAGUGGUCUAUCCAUAAGACUGUUGUCACGAAUCAUAGAAACGUCAAUAAUUUUUAG